AGAGCUCGCCAGCAUGGGCAAAGAAGGCUGAGAAGGAGAAGAAGGGACCGUUAGAUCUCCAAAAGCGCAAAAAGAGGGGAAAAGGGGAGGAAAAAGAGCCCACGCAGACACGGUUUCCCGAGGCCGAGAGGCUUGAACUAAAAGUUGCUACAAUCCUCGGCUUCUCCUCUUUCUUUUCCCCCCUUCAAACCCCCGCUUUGCAACUGUCAACCCGCUUGAAUCCGUCUUGGAAGAGGGUCCCCCCCAUCCGUGCCCAAAGGAGGAGGAGGAGGAAAAAAGGGGAGGAAAAAGAGUCCACGUUAACGCGGUUUCCCGAGGCCGAAAGGCUUGAACUAAAAGUUGGGACAAUCCUCGGCUUCUCCUCUUUCUUUUCCCCCCUUCAAACCCCCGCUUUGCAACUGUCAACCCGCUUGAAUCCGUCUUGGAAGAGGGUCCCCCCAUCCGUGCCCAAAGGCGCGCCCUGCGCCCACCAUGGCCAGCGACUGCGCCGCCCGCAGCCUCGACACCAUCGACCUCUCUGCCCUCCGGGAUCCAGCCGGGAUAUUUGAACUGGUGCAAGUGGUUGGAAAUGGAACAUAUGGACAAGUCUACAAGGGCCGCCAUGUGAAGACGGGGCAGCUCGCAGCCAUCAAAGUUAUGAACGUGACCGAGGACGAGGAAGAAGAAAUCAAACUGGAAAUCAACAUGUUGAAGAAGUAUUCCCAUCACAGGAACAUUGCAACGUACUAUGGGGCCUUUGUCAAGAAGAGUCCUGAAGGUCAAGACGACCAGCUCUGGCUGGUAAUGGAAUAUUGUGGAGCUGGCUCGGUGACAGAUUUGGUGAAGAAGACAAAAGGAAACUGUUUCAAGGAAGACUGGAUCGCUUACAUUUGCAGAGAGGUUCUCAGGGGCUUAGCACACUUACAUCUCCAUCACGUUAUCCACCGAGAUAUUAAAGGCCAGAACGUGCUCCUCACUGAAAAUGCCGAAGUGAAAUUAGUGGAUUUUGGAGUGAGCGCCCAACUAGACCGGACAAUCGGAAGGAGGAACACCUUCAUUGGGACUCCCUACUGGAUGGCUCCUGAGGUCAUCGCUUGUGAUGAAAACCCAGAAUCGACGUAUGACUACAGAAGUGACUUGUGGUCGCUAGGAAUCACAGCUAUAGAGAUGGCAGAAGGUGCUCCCCCUUUGUGCGACAUGCAUCCCAUGAGGGCUCUCUUUCUCAUCCCGCGAAACCCUCCCCCAAAGCUGAAAUCCAGAAAAUGGUCAAAGAAGUUCCUUAACUUUGUCGACAGUUGCUUGGUCAAGAACUACAUGCACCGACCGGCUACCGAAACCCUCCUCAAACAUUCCUUCAUCCGGGACAUGCAGAACGAACGCCAGAUACGCAUUCUGCUGAAGGACCAUCUUGACAGGACCAAGAAAAAGAAGGGAGACAAAGAUGAAACGGAGUAUGAAUACAGUGGGAGCGAGGAAGAAGGGGAUGAGCUGAAUGAAGAUGAAGGAGAACCAAGCUCCAUUGUUAAUCUCCCCGGUGAAUCCACCCUCCGGCGCGAAUUCCUGAGGCUUCAGCAGGAGAACAAAAGUCGUUCUGAUCCUCCGCGCCAACCGCAGCAGGUCCAGCAGCAGCAGCUGAAAGAUCAGGAGAAGUACAAAAAGCAGCUCUCGGAGGAGAGACAGAAGCGGAUCGUGGAACAGAAACUGCAGAGGAAAAAGCUGGAGGAUCACCAGAAGAGAGAAGAGCUGCGGAAGCAUCUCGACCUCGAAAGGAGAUGUCCGGAGAUCAAAGCCGCUCUGAGCAAAACCGAAAAGGAGAAAGACAGCAGGAGGAACGGCGAAGAAGGGCAACGUAGAGCGGAGGGAGUCAGACUGGACAACCUGCAGAAAAAGUUUGAAGAAAUACAUCAGGGUAAAAAGAUUCACCGGACUCUUCCCAAGGACCAAACGCAGCUGCUAUCUCUCCAACAUGAUCACAAGCAGAAGGCUAAAGAUCCCCCAAAGAUCCUCAACCCCCCGACUCGUCUGCCAUCAAACUCUGCAAGCAAAGAGACGGAGAGCAAAUGGAAGAAGAGUGACUCAGUCCAAGGCGAUCUCAGCUGGGCGGCUGUGCUUGGGAAUGAGGACUCCUCUCACGCUAGACUCGGAUCCGGAAGUAGCUCCAGCCCAUGCACCCCGGCCUUGCAAAGAGCCGUCAUCUCUCAGGUAGGAAAUGGUCACUAUUCCUUUCUGAGAACUCUGUUGCACAUUUCGGGCACAAUGCCAACCAGUGUUUAUUUAUUUAUUUGUUUGUUUGUUGAUUAUGCUGCAGGAAGACCCAACUGCAGCACUCACGAAGGCUUUUGGAGCAUGAGCAACCAAAAUUAUCUCCUCCCGGACCUCCUGCAGCAGAGCCAAAUAUCAGACUGUUCAGACUUUCAACUAAAAGUUGCGGAGAACAGUUUGGAAUCUCAGGGCAAGCCGGUUUCUAAUAAGGCUCCAAGUAUUGACAAUACCUCUCCAAAAAACAGUACCUCAUCUACGACAUCCUUUACGUCCUUCAUCGACCCCAGGCUUCUACAAAUCUCACCUCCAUCCAGUCCAUCGGGACCAAACUGUGGUUCUCCACCCAAUGUGAAACCCGAGCCCAGCAGCAGACAAAAUGCAAGGAAAGGCUCUGUUGUCAACGUGAACCCCACUAACAUCCGGCCUCAGAGUGACAGCCCAGAAAUCCGCAAAUAUAAGAAGAAGUUCAAUUCAGAGAUCCUGUGUUCUGCAUUGUGGGGCGUGAAUUUGCUUGUGGGGACUGAGAAUGGAUUGUGGCUCCUGGACAGAAGUGGGCAAGGAAGAGUUUACUCGCUGAUAACCAGGAGGCGGUUUCAGCAAAUGGAUGUGCUUGAAGGACUCAACGUGCUCAUCACUAUCUCAGGCAAGAAGAAUAAGCUACGGGUAUACUAUCUAUCUUGGUUACGAAACAAGAUCUUGCGAAACGACCCUGAUGUGGAGAAGCGACAAGGCUGGGUGCCGGUGGGCGACCUGGAAGGCUGUGUACACUACAAAGUCGUGAAAUAUGAGAGAAUCAAAUUCCUUGUGAUUGCUGUGAAAAAUUCCGUGGAGGUCUAUGCCUGGGCUCCGAAGCCGUACCACAAAUUCAUGGCCUUUAAGUCCUUUACCUCCCUUCAUCAAAAACCGCUGCUGGUUGACUUGACGGUUGAAAACGGGCAGAGGCUAAAAGUCAUCUAUGGUUCGUCAGUCGGGUUUCAUGCUAUUGACGUGGACUCCGGAUCCGUGUAUGACCUCUACCUGCCAACGCAUGUAAGGCUCUACCUUAGAAAAUGUAUUUCUCUUACGGAGGCUGUGCUGUGUGAGUGCCGGGUGCGCUUCCUGUCCUUCAUGGGCAUCGGGAGGGACGUCCGCUCCUUCGCCUUCAUCAUGGCUGCUGCCCCCGGGGACUUCCGCUGCCAUAUGGUCUGGUUACGCAGCGUGCCAAAGAGCCCUCCACUCUUCCGUUGCCCUUUUCGGCAUUCUGUUGAUCUCCACCGUAUUUCUUUCUCUCCCUUUGAAGCGUACCUUCAGUGCAACCAAGUCAUGGGCUGGGGAGAGAAGGCGAUUGAACUGCGGGCUGUGGAAACGGGAACCCUGGAAGGAGUGUUUAUGCACAAGAAAGCACAGAAGCUGAAGUUCCUCUGCGAAAGGAACGAUAAGGUAUUUUUUGCAUCUGUUCAGUCUGGAGGCAGCAGCCAAAUUUACUUUAUGACACUGGGCCAGAACAUACUAUUCAACUGGUAAAUCACCUCCGAGUGAAACAUAUUUUGAUAUUUUUCCCCCCACUGGAUAUGAACUGUUUUAAAAUGCAAGCUUAUUGCCGAGAGAGAGAAAAAACUAUCGUCGUUCGUCUGUCCUUCUGUUGCCAUUUUCCUUUCCAAUUACAGUACUGCAAAUAUAUUUUUGCUGUUCGAUGACUACAAUUCAAUAACUGUUUUCUAAAUAAUAUGCAAUUGAAUGAUGCUCAAGUACAUGACCUUCGGAUCCUCCCUUUACAAAGUAGGCACGGGUAUAUAUUUUUGCACAAAUACUGUGAUGCCAUUUUGUGAAGCGUGUUCAUUUUUUUUUAUUUUGGGGAAAAAUUACGUACAGGGAGGCCGACUUGGUGCAGACGUAUCUUGCCACGAGCUAGAAAUUUGCUCAAUUGGUUUCCUAUUGUUUUGCCGCUCUUGCUUAAGCAGCUGUAUCCUUCUCCAUCUCAGAACUAAUGAGAAGCAAUGUUUACUUUUUUAAGUAGGGGAAAUAUAGCCUUGUGUAUUUUUUAAAUUCCUUUCAUAGCCUUCUAUUUAAGGCCGGCACAGACGGCAUUCAGCUAGAAUAGCUGCUAGAAACGCUGAGCUAAUUGGGAGACACCCUAGCACCUCCUGCGUGGGGAAUUCAGGGCUAUAAAUCAGAAGCAGGAGCAGUCAGCUUUCGCUGGUAACAACGACCCUGAUACUGAUGUUUGGAUCUACACACUAUGGAUCUAGACACUAGGCUCCUGUUUAUGCAGGCCAAAAGGGAAGUGCUCAGGAAUUGGAGGGAGAAGAAGAAUCAGACGAUGAGGGUUUGAAAGUGCCCACAUUUCUAGAGAGACAAAAAGAGACAGAGCACAGACGGCAUUCAGCUAGGAUAGCUGCUAAAAACUCUGAGCUAAUUGGGAGACACCCUAGCACCUCCUGCGUGGGGAAUUCAGGGCUAUAAAUCAGAAGCAGGAGCAGUCAGCUUUCGCUGGUAACAACGACCCUGAUACUGAUGUUUGGAUCUACACACUAUGGAUCUAGACACUAGGCUCCUGUUUAUGCAGGCCAAAAGGGAAGUGCUCAGGAAUUGGAGGGAGAAGAAGAAUCAGACGAUGAGGGUUUGAAAGUGCCCACAUUUCUAGAGAGACAAAAA